UCAAAAAGAUUUUUACUGGGUUUUUUGUUAUUGAAACCCAUUUAUAUAAGCUUUUUUCUUUUUUAUUUUUUAUUUAGUGAUAUUAUAGCAUAAUGACAUUGGAUUGCGUGGGAGAUGUUGAAGAUUAUUCAAAAGAACUCGAAUUAAUCGAGAAAUUAAGUAAAAAAAACCCAAUAGUCGACACACAUAAUGAUUUUCCAUAUUUAGUUAGAACCCAGUUAAGAUAUGAGAUCGAAAACGAUAAUUGUUUCAAAUUCGAUGGAAAGUUGACCUCAAAUACCAGCAUACUAAAAUUAAUAAAGGGUAAAAUUGGAAUUCAAUUUUUCAGUUGCUUUAUCGAAUGUAAAGAUGAUGACUAUCUUUAUCAAGAUUUCAAUAAACCUAACAGUGCAGUUAGAGAUACAUUAGAACAAAUUGAUAUAAUCAAAAGAUUAGUAGAUAAAUAUCCAAAAUAUUUGAAUCUUGUUUAUAAUUCAAAAGAUGCUUUAAACCAAUUUCAAAUGACAAAUAAAAUUUCUAUAACAAUGGGAGUAGAAGGAUUGCAUCAAGUAGAUUUAUCCCUUGGUGUGUUAAGAACAUACUUUGAUCUAGGUGUCAGAUAUAUAACAUUAACUCAUAAUUGUGACAAUCCUUUUGCAACAGCUGCAAGUUCUGUCACCGGCGGUUUAGAAGAUAAGGGUUUAUCAGCUUAUGGUGUGAAUUGUAUUAAAGAAAUGAACAGAUUAGGGUUAAUGGUCGACCUAUCUCAUGUUAGUUAUAAGACAAUGCUAGACGUCUUGAAAGAAACCAGAUGUCCUGUGAUAUUUUCUCAUUCAUCGGUUUAUAAAUUAACCCCAAAUGAAAGGAAUGUUAGAGAUGACGUUUUGAUGAAAUUAAAAGAAAACAGCGGUGUCUGUUGUGUUAAUUUUUUCCCAUUAUUCAUAAGCCAAAACAAGGAUAGAACAGCCACGAUAGACGAUGCAGUAGAUCAUAUCAUUUAUAUCAUCAAUUUAAUCGGUUGGAAAUAUGUUGGUUUUGGUUCUGAUUUUGAUGGCAUUCCUGAGGGCCCUAAAGGAUUGGAAGAUGUCUCAAAAUAUCCUGACUUAUUAGCAAGAGUUAUCAAUAAAAUUGGAGGUACUGAGGACGAAAUCAAGGGGUUGAUGGGUUUAAACGUUUUAAGAGUAUGGGAAAAAAAUGAACAAAUCUCUAAAGAAUUAAAGAAAAAAGGCGAAAAAAUUGUUGAUGCUAAUUGGCAAAACAGAAAAUGGGAAUUGUUCGACUAUUGCAAAGAAAUGCCUGAAAUAUACCCUGGAUCAUUCAGCAAAUUUAAAGACACAGUAUAUAAAGACUGCCAGUCGUUGGAUCUCACCAAAAAAGACACUCCAUAGUUUUGUAAACACCAUAGAUAGUUUUCUGAUUCAGCUUAUUUAUUUCCUAAUAAAUCCAUGUUAGCUUUCGC